AUGAUACAAAACUAUUUAGAAAAUGGUGGUCUUGCUUAUUGUUUACCGCAAAACUUAAUGGCCUUUACUUUUAACAAUAUAUUGACACUAACUAUAACUUACCAUAAACGAAAUAACAAUAGUAACGAUAGUGAUAAUAACAAUAGUGAUAGUAAUGAUAUUAAUAGUGAUGAGUCUGAUAUAAAUGAAUAUGAAGAAAAGAAAGUUUUAGAUUAUAAGAACGAAUAUUAG